ACUUAGAAUCCAACCUCGGAGCCAAUCCGAUCCAACAUGGCGCUGCGCUUGAAAUUAAGGGUGUCGUCGGACCUGCGUUGCUGUAAUUUCAAGCAUGCGAAGUAACAACCUGUUUUUAAGCAUGCCUCUCGCGUGAAACCUGCAAAAAAUGAGAAGGUCAAUCGCUUAAACUAGCAUACCGUUGAUCCUUCGCUGUCUUAUUUGACGUGGCAGUGAGAUUCGCUCUUCGUGCGACUCUCGGCAGCAGACGCGAAAUGACGCAGGGUGCUCCGUUGUUUCCGAUCUCUUUGACCGAAGCGCCACAGACAACUGUGUCCUCCGCGGCCCGUGCGAGCCAGCCGUCGCUUUUUCCAGCGUACAGUGCACCACCCGCGGAGCCUCCGAAUGCUGCUGCGGCUGAGGUACCCAGUUGGCUGUGCAACCCAAGCUAUGAUCCUGCUGUCGUGCUCCCAGAGAGAGAGCCAGAGGAGGAGGAGGAAGAGGAGCAGGAGACCUUCACUGUGGUGGAAGAGGUGGUUUUGGAUGCACCCAGGAAGAGGAAGAAGGCCAAGGAGCAGCCAGUGCAAACGCAGCAGGCUGCCACUCCCAUCGUGCGGAGGAAGUUCCGGUUCCUCCUGGGUCCGUGGGGGGAAGACCGCUUUUUUAUAGACCCUGUGCCGGACCGAUCCAACCUGGCCAUGAACGGCCUCCCUCCGACCCAGCUGGCAGUCUACCCCAAGGGCUGGCGCUGCGACCUGCUGCCCCGAGAACGGGUGGCUCGCAAGAAGGUCGUGCGCUUCUGGCAGGCGUCCAAGACCUGCGCGUCGGGCGUGGCCCGUGCGAGCGUGCCCUUUGCGGCCGGCCAGGAGUACGUGCCCCUGGAAGGGGGCCAGGCCUCGAGAAACCCCGCCGCGACCGGGAAGUGCGUCGUAGACCCCCUGGGGGUCAUGGACGCGGCCACCCGUAACUACAUCCAAGGGAAGGGCAAGGAGGAGAAGGAGGAGGAGGAGGUGCUGUCCCAGCUGUGCCCCGAGGCCCUGGCGAGACACGCGGAGCUGCAGGAGCGGCUGCGCCUGGUGCCCGGGGACGAGCAGGCCUGGCUGGACCUGGUGGCCUUCCAGGAGGAGUAUGUGGCGGCACUAGAGGAGGCCUCGGGCAUACACAGGACCCACGGACGAGCCCGGGCGAUAAGGGACAAGAAGCUAGCAGUGUUGGAGCAGGCGCUACUUCGCACCCACGGCUGCGUCUCUUUGCACCUGCUCAAGAUUCAGGUUCUGCUGGAGCUGGGAGAGGAGGCGCGCGCAUCCCAGGCCUGGGAGGAACUCCUGCGCCUGCAGCCGGGCAACUGGCGCCUGUGGCUGGAGCGUGCCCGCUUCCUCCAGGCGGAGACGACCCUGUCGGGGUUCGAAGUGGCUGCCGCGGGUCACGCCUACCUCCGGGCCCUGGCCUGCUUCAGGGACAUGCAGGAGGGACGGCGGUCCUCCUCCCUCGCCCCCGAGGACAUUGAGCGGCACCUCGUCGAGGUGUGUCGCCAGUAUGCGGUGUUCCUGUGCCAGUGUGGCCAGUGGGAGCGUGCGGUGGGGCUCCUCCAGGCACUGCUGGAGCUGAGCCUGCGCCGGCCACCCCGGGUGGAGUCCCUUCCCCUGGACCAGUGGCUCACCCUGCUGGAACCCUUCUGGGACAGUGGGGCGCCCCGCUUUGGAGAGUCCGAUUCCCAGGGCUGGGCGCACCUCAUGGAGCAGCCAGAGCGCCUGCUCGCCCAGCAGUCCAGCAAGGACGAUGAAGCGGUGUCCGAGCCGACAGUGGGCGAAGGCCAGGACUUGCGCGAGGCCUGGCUCUCCCUCGAGUGCCACAGGGAGCGGCACCACUGGCUGCCGUACCGUCCGGACCUGUCGUCCGGCGACGAGGGCUGCGACGACCCCGAGCGCAUGGUGAUGCUCGAGGACCUGACGAGUGCCCUGUUCCGGCUACGCCUCCCGGCCUCCCAGAUGCACCUGCUCAGGGCUACCGUCGACGUUCUGCUCGGUGGUGGUGGGGGUGCGGACAGCUCUCUGGUGGAGGCGGACUGCUUCCAGCGGCUGCCAGGGGUGGACUUGACCAUGGCGAGGCGCUUCAGGGACUCUCUGGGAUUCCCCUCGGGCUGGAGCCAGCGUGCCGGGACCACCGACUUCGUCCAUCGUCUGCUCGCCCAGUCCCAGGAGCUGUUCUCCAAGGAGCCGCUCCUGUGGGACGAGCACAGCCUGCUGUGGAUGAAGGUGUUCCGCCGUGCGGACGACUGGACCGCCCGGCAGCGCAAGAAGGCAGCCAAGGCUCUGCUCUCGGAGCCCCGCAGGGAGCGCCAUCUGGACCUGUGGACCGAGUACGGGCAGCUGCUGCUCGACAUGGACCUUUCGCAGGAGGCCGCCACGCUCUACGAGAGGGCUCUGGACACGGUGUGGCAGCCCGAGGUACUCUCCGAGUGCCGCGGUGACCGCUGGCGUCUCUUGUCUGCCUACCUGGACCUCUGUCUCGGCGAGCACGGCACGUCGACCACUCGGGAGCGUGCCCUCCUCGUUCUCUCGUGUGCCGGGGGAAGCCUCCGCAUCUCGGAGGCCCUGAAGGGUCCCCUGCGUCCCAGCGCCCUGGUCAGGGCAGUGGCCACCCUCGACGUUCAAGUGGCAGACCCGGAGUGCUCUUCAGGUGCACUCAGGGCGGCGCUCUGGGGCAAGGCCCUCACUGCCGGGUUCAAGGCUGCGGCGGCUCUCGCUCGGCAGUGGCUGGAGCGGGCACGGGACAAUGCGAAGGGGCUGGAAGAGGCGCAUGAGGCGUAUGUGCGCCUCUGCACCCACGAGGUGUCCCAGGGUGGCUCCCAGAGGGCGCUGCGUGCGGCCUUGCACCAGGCUCUUCAGGAGGUGCCGCGCUCUGCCAGUCUCCUGUGGCACUGGGCGAGUCUGCAGGCCGGAGCAUUGGGAGCACUCAGCACUCGCAGGUUGCUAGACGGGCUGGUUCAGAAGCAGCACUGCCCCCUGGCCUGGCUGGUGGCCCUCUGCUUUGAGCUAGCCAGAGCGCAGCAACUGGACACUCACAGGGCAGCCGGUGCCUCUUUCACGCUGCCCCAUCUUUGCAACCACCUGAGGCGUGUUCUGGAACGGGCCUUAGAGUCCGUGUCCCACCGUCGCUGCCCCCUGCUGUGGAGGCUGUACGUCCAUCUCGAAAUGCGGUUUGGGACCAGGGACUCUGCCAAGGCCAUCUUCUACCGGGCCCUGCAGAACUGCCCAUGGGCCAAGACGCUGUACAUGGACGGCGUGCACCAUUUCCCGGAGUGCCUACAGGAGGUGGCCGACAUGUUGCUAGAGAAAGGAAUCCGGCUGCGGGCGCCACUCGAGGAGGUUCAGCUGCUCUUGGACCACCCGGACGAGGCGCCCCCCAGCUGAUCUCCUGGUAGACCGACGGGGACCGUGUCACGCGUUUCCAACACUCCAUUUGCGGGUCUCUUGUCCUUGGCAUAAUGGCGUAUCAUCCGUCAUAUAUUUAAAAACAAGAUUGUUAAGAAAACAAAAAUGUAUUUUCUCC